ACCACCUACUCCGUACUUCGUACGGACCUUCUUAUUGCCAUCCCAUUCUAGUCGUUCUUUCUCCUUCUCUUUCAAUCAUCGCGGCACGCGAGCAUGGCGCCCCGAACUAUGGGAUUGUUAUGCCCAUUCUGUCGACUGGCUACGAGACCUUUGGGGCUGGGUACGUCGCCGACCUCUCUACAACCCAUCACCCAGCGAUUCAUAUCACAAUAUGCGCGGGCCAAGCCAUCGCGUAUGGUUCUGUCCGAUCGCAAACACGUUGCACGGCCUUCGAAAGAUGGGAGUCCAAAACCACCUCGACGACUCGUCGAGGGACCUUUCGGCGGCAUGAAUCAGACCCAGUUCAGAGGGGGACCCGAACCUUCGCGGCGAUCCACCACCAACUCAAGGUCGUCGACGGCCAGGUCCUCCAAGGCGGAUAGUACCGAUAGGUCCCGUAGGGGCGAACGUGCCGGAUUCAAGGCCUUAAAGAUGCAACGCUCUUUGACAGACAUUUCAUACCACAAGAGGUCGCAAAUCAAGGACGAGAUGCUAUCCUACGAGUCCUUUGACCAGUUCGACUUGCUCCCGGCGGUCAAAGCGGGCCUUUACGACGACGUCUUGGAGGGCAUGGUGAAUGUCAAGCCCACUCCGGUCCAGAGACUGGCUAUCCCUGCGCUUUUGGGGCAGCCAAGUCGCUUUACACCUCGGUCUGACGGUAGACAUGAGUUCCUUCUCGCCGCCGAGACGGGAUCGGGAAAAACACUGGCGUACCUGCUCCCCGCUGUCCAUGCGCUCAAGCUCGCCGAGGCCGAGGACCCUGAUAUUCAAGCGUACAAGAAGCGGUUUGAGGAGGAAAGAGCAAAAGAGAAGGACGGCAAGGUCAAGUCGAAGUUUGACGAGCCGCACCCCACCAUGGCGCGGCCCAAGGUCGUCAUCCUUGUUCCUUCUGCCGAGCUGGUGGAUCAGAUCGGUACGGUUGCCAAGCGACUGUCGCACGCCGUGAAGUUCAGGUCCGAGAAGCUCUCCAGCAAGCUGAACGCAGAAGUCAUCGAGCGCAAUCUCUAUUCCCCGCGCGGCGUGGAUGUGAUCAUCUCGACGCCUCAGCUACUGGCUUCCAUCGCCGACUCGGACCCCAAUGUGCUUUCGCGCGUCAGCCAUCUCAUCAUCGACGAGGCCGACUCACUUUUCGACCGCAGCUUUGUGCCAUUGACCACCAGCAUCGUCGACAAAGCCCUCCCCUCGGUCAAGAAGUUUGUCUGCUGCUCGGCCACCAUCCCGCGGGGGCUGGAUAAGUUCCUGGCGAGCCAGUUUCCCAAUAUGGUCCGCAUCACCACGCCGAAUCUCCACGCCGUCCCGCGACGCGUUCAGCUGGGCGUCAUCGACGUGUCGAAGGAUCCGUACCGCAACAAUAAAGACCUGGCCGCGGCAGAUGCCAUCUACACGAUUGGUCGGGAAUCUUCGAAGCACGAAGGACUCGAGGACGGGGAGGUCGACGUUCGGCGUGUGCUCGUGUUUGUCAACGAACGCGAGAGCGUGCAGCCGCUGGCCGAAUACCUCCAGUCGAAGGGCAUCGACGCGAUCGCGCUCCACCGCGAUACCGCUGCCGAGCGACAGGCGGCCAUGCUUGCCUCCUUCACCACGGCCGAGCCUAUGACUAUGCCUAAGCAAGAGGAGCCUGCCGUCAAGGGACGGCGCCGGCUUCCCAACGUCAAAGUCAUCGUGGCCACGGAUCUGGCUUCGAGAGGCAUUGACACGCUUGCCGUUCGUCAUGUCAUUUUGUAUGACGUCCCCCACACCACCAUCGACUUCAUCCACCGGCUGGGCCGCGCGGGUCGCAUGGGCAGGCGUGGCCGGGGCAUUGUUCUCGCUGGGAGAAAGGAUCGAAAGGAUGUAAUUGCCGAGGUGAAGCGGGCUAUGUUCAUGGGACAGGCGCUGAUCUGAGUUUUGACGGCCUGGAAUGCAAUAUCCUACGAGUCCUAUUUAGUGUAAGAUUUGGAGGUUACACAUUGUCAAAGACGCUCUGUACAUUAUAUAGGUAAUACAUAGAACUAAUAGGCAGGAUACCCAACUUCAUUGCCAACAUAUGAGAUAGCUACAAGUUACCAUCUGAGAAG